AUGGAAGACCCAUUCUUGGCGUAUUCACCUUUUAGAGAUCACACAAAUCUAGUUUUAAGGCAUGGCCACGAGGUUCUCGUAUCUUUUUUGGUUUAUCACUUCCUGAUUUACAGAUGGCUAGCCCCGACAGCCAAUCGUUUGGUGUUUGGUGACUUCUAUUUAAGGUCUGCUAAGCGUGAUAAGAUUAACUUUGAUAUUCACAGCACAUCUAUGGUGCAGGCAUUGGUAUGUUUAGCACUAAUUAUGCCAGUCAUGAAGCUGCCAGUUGAUCUGGAGUUGUAUAGCUACUAUAACGAGUACGUGUCUUUGGUUUCUGCCCAUAUGAUGGGCUACUUCUUGUGGGAUUUCUAUGUAUGCGCGAGGUAUUGCAAGUUUUUUGGAAUUGGGUUCCUUGGCCAUGCAGUUGGCUCAUUGAUGGUUACAACCUGUACACUACGACCUAGCUACCAACAAUGGGUAGGUAAGUUUUUGGUAUUCGAGGCCAGUACUCCGCUUGUUAAUGUAAAUUGGUACAUCUCUCAAUUGUCGCGCGCACCUAGUACUAGAAAAAGGGUUAUUCCGGCAAGAGUAAAUUUUGUAAACGGUAUCCUAUUAUUCAUAACCUUUUUCUGUGUGCGUAUUGUAUGGGGAACGAUCGCUCUAGUGUUGCUUGACUACCAGGUAUGGAAACAGUGGAGCUCUGAUACACCUGUUUUCCUGGGACUACUAGUGCCCUCAGUCAAUUUGUUAAUGACAGUCUUAAACUUCUACUGGUUCUCCAAAAUGGUGACGAUAGCCAAGAAAACAUACAAUGCGUCAAAGAAGGUGUCUAAGUUAGCAUAG